AUGGAGCAAGAUGACAUUUUGUCUCAGGAGCUGACCACACAAACCAGUUCGGUAGGAGAUGGAGUUAUACGGCUGCAUCCUGAUGGAGAACAAUGGACUUCUGAUACCAAGAUAGAAUUAUCUCCGUGCUACUUGCUGACUAUAAGAAUCAUAAGAGCGAGAAAUAUCCGCCAGGCAGAUGUCUUAAGCCAGACUGAUUGCUACGUGAGCCUGUGGCUGCCAACUGCUUCAACUGACAAAUAUCAGACUAAAACCAUCAAGAAUUGCAAAGAUCCAGUUUGGAAUGAAACCUUCUUCUUCAGAAUCCAGGGUCAGGUCAAGAACGUUUUGGAGCUGGGGCUCUAUGAUAAGGAUGUCGUUACUGGAGAUGAUCACCUCUUCACGGUGUAUUUUGAUAUAGCGAAACUUUCCCUGGGAGAACAAGUUUUCAUGCACUUCAAGUGUGAUACACAGAGAAAAGAGGAGCUGGAGGUCGGAUUUGCAUUGGAUAAUAUUUCAGGCCCUCCUGAAACCAUCAUUACUAAUGGAGUACUAGUGUCUCGCAAAAUCUGCUGCUUGGAAGUUCAGGUGGUUGAGAAGAAGAAGAAAAAGCAGAAGAAAUCUGUAUCAAAAAAAGAAUUCUUCUUCAAAGUGAAAGGAUCUUAUGAGGACACUCAAGACAUCACACUGGGAUCUGACCCUGUCUUUAGCUCUGCAGCUCCUGCCACUUUCCACUACGCCAAAUAUAAGCAGCCAACACUCGAUGUUACACUACCAGGGAAGAAACCUCAUUCCUCCAUUGAUAAAGGAUUCGAUCUACAUGCAAAGGCAGAAGACUGCCCAGACCGCCUUGAUAUUCGUUUAGGGUUUGACCUCUGUGUGGAGGAGCAAGAUUUUCUACUCAAAAGGCAGAAGCGUGUUGCUGCUGCUCUGAAGAAGGUCCUCCAGCUGGAACAGGAUCUGCUGGAGCAUGAGGUCCCAGUGGUAGCGAUCAUGACAACAGGAGGAGGGAUGAGAUCUUUGACCGCGCUGUAUGGCAGUCUGUUGGGCCUCAAGAAGCUCAAUGUCUUAGACUGUGCUACAUACUUGACUGGCUUGUCUGGUACAACGUGGACCAUGUCAAACUUGUACAGAGAUGCUGACUGGUCACAAAAGGAUCUUGAUAAGCAAAUCAGUGAGGCUCGAAAACAUAUGACAAAAUGCAAAAUAAAUUCCCUUUCCAUGGAGUAUCUGCAGUAUUACAAAAAGCAGCUAUGUCAACGGAAAAGAGAGGGCCGCAAGACAUCUUUUAUAGAUCUCUGGGGGCUUGUCUUGGAAUCUUUGUUACAUGAUGGGAAAGACAACCAUAAACUCUCGGAUCAGCAACAGGCAAUUGAUCGUGGUCAGAACCCAUUGCCUAUCUAUACUGCAGUCAAUGUCAAGAACAACUAUAGCACUCUGGAUUUCAAAGAAUGGGUGGAGUUCACCCCUUAUGAGGUGGGAUUGCUAAAAUACGGAGCCUUUGUUCGCUCUGAGGAUUUUGGCAGUGAGUUCUUCAUGGGUCGGUUGAUGAAGAAGCUCCCUGAAUCCCGGAUCUGCUUCUUGGAAGGCAUGUGGAGUAGUUUGUUUUCAUUGAAUGUGUUGUAUAUCUGGAAUUUGUCCCAUUCAUCAGAGGAUUUCUGGCACAGGUGGACCCAGGACAAAAUCGACAAUAUAGAGGAAGAGCCUCUUCUACCACUAAAGCCUCAUGAGCUGAGGACUCGGCUGUUCACUCCUCCAGGACCCCUUGGCAGUGCUCUUCGCGGUGCCCUUACGGACCGCCUCUCCGUUGCCCAGGAGCACAACUUCCUAAAGGGCUUCCAGAUGCAUAAGGACUACCUUGAGAACAAGCACUAUUGCAGGUGGAAAGAUACUGUGUUAGACACAUUUCCCAACCAGCUGACAGAAUCAGAAGAAUAUCUGUCUCUAGUAGACACAGGAUUUUUCAUCAAUACAAGUAUCAUGCCACUUUUAAGACCAGAGAGAAAGGUGGAUGUCAUCCUGCAUUUAAAUUACAGUGCAGGAUCACAGAUACAGGCUCUGGACCAGACCUGCAAGUACUGCUCAGAUCAAGGAAUCCUAUUUCCCAAGGUGGAGUUGAGUGAAGAAGACAGGAAAAAGCUAAAGGAAUGUUACCUCUUUGAAGGGGCUGAGACUCCAGGAGCUCCAAUAUUGCUAUUUUUCCCACUAAUUAAUGAUACCUUCCAAAACUACAAAGCACCAGGUCAGAAGCGCUCUGAGUCAGAGAUGGAGGAUGGCAAAGUUGAUCUCUAUGGCCGCUGUUCCCCUUAUUCAACAUACUCAGUCAAAUAUACUGAGAAGGUGUACGAUCGUCUGGUUCAGCUGGGAGAAUACAACAUCCUGAAUAAUGCAGACCUCAUUAUGCAGGCCUUGCGCACAGCAGUGGUACAGAAAAGGCAGAAAAAGAAAUAA